AUGGCGUUUGAGACCAGUGUCCUAAGGGACGGUGCCUGGGUCACGGAAACAGUUGAUUUCCAAGCCGCUCUGAAAGUCUAUGCACCCCCGGCCAACUCCGAGGAGGUCUUAUUCGGAGACCGUCCUCCCUGUGGGAUUUUGUCAAGAACUGUAAUUGAGAGUCCCGUUGUCAACGCGGUGCACUCAGUCCGCCUGAGGUCAAAGUGGAAAAAUGACAUUGCGUUCAUUGGGGAUCGAUAUGUCCAAAUAUCGGAGCUUCGCAGUGAUGGGCAGCUUCACAAUGUUCUAAGGGUCACUGAUUUUGGCGCCCGAAUUCGCAACUCCACAGUCCUGGGCAGCUGCUCAGUUCUACCCGGAGGUGUUGAGAACGACCCUUCCUUUGGCAUGGACGAUGAUGUCAAACUCGAAUUGCCCACUCAAUCCGAGCGCGUGUCGAUCGAUAUGAGGGAGGACAAGGCUCUCAGUCUUCCUCCGCAAUUACUUAUCCUGAUACUUGAAACAGGAGAUAUCCUCUUCGCAUUUGUUCAGCCAGAUCCCAUCACGAAUGUACCUAGACUCGUAACCAGCAAGAUCCCGCCACCAGGAAACAUCCCAUACUUUGGUAAUCAGCUGGUUGUUGAUCCAUCUGGUCGUUACUUGGCAGUUUCUUCCCUUGACGACACCCUUGUCAUCCAUCUAUUAAAACCAUGGAAACAACUGAAUGAGGAAUUCAAGCAACAUGGACGCAUCAUGCCGCUAAUGGAGACCUCCGUCCGAGUGGUGAAUGGAAAUAUUCAAAACCUGGCAUUUCUCUUCCCACGUCAAAAAGAUGAAGUUCAUAUAAUUCUCGCCAUUACGGUAUUCUCACGGAAACGUACCAAAAAUCCAGGCUGGUUAUUGUUCGUAUAUGAAUGGGAGCUGGGUGAUGAUCUCUUGAAUAUGUUUAUGAGAAUCAAGUCUCCGAUCCGUCUUCCCGAGUUUUCUGAAUUCCCCUAUCUUCUCAUCCCAAUCAAAUUUGGAAAUGCAUUCUUUAUUCUCUUUCAGCGUUUUAUUGGAUUGGUUAAGCAACCGUUGUCGGCCCCAGAGUAUGAAUUCACGAUCCUGCAUGCUCCAGCGCCCUCAAAAUUCCAUCAUGGGACCAACCAGCCUCUAUGGACGACAUGGGCGAGGCCAUUCCGGCGGGAGUCCUACUCACAGGCGACAGAAAUUAUCUAUCUUGUACGAGAGGAUGGAUUCCUAGAAUACAUUGAGUUGGAAUCUAGCCAGCUGUUGUUCUCAGCCACUGAUGUUGGGUUCCUCAACACCCAUCUCGAAGCACGGCAGGAGCCAGAGAAGAUCAUGGUAAUCCCAAAUUGGUCGCCUGUAGUUGAUGCCACGACGACCGACCUGAACACAUCUUUGGUGAGCAUGGCCCCGGCAAAUCAGCAUGGAGACAAUUCUAGAGGCCACGAGACCCCGGAUAGGAUAUUUCUUGCCACUGGACGUGGAGCAACCGGCAGUGUUACAGAAAUCCGGCAUGGCAUCCAAGCGAGGAUUGGGCUGGACUUGGAACUGGGUGAACCUGUUCGGCAAGCUUGGCUAUUCUCUGAUGAUAGAUUGGGAAGUGGAAGCAUGGUUGCAAUCUUAGCGCUACCCUAUUCCACUGCCAUUCUGUCGUUCUCGAGCAACCUGGAAGAUGUUGUGGCAGAGCCAGCGGACCAGACGCCCUUUGAUUCAUCAACACGCACUCUGUGCUCGGCUCGGAUUGUUUCAGAUGUCAUUGUCCAAGUUACCGAGGAAACAAUCACACUUGUAACGCACUCUCAGAGCUCGCAGCACAAGCUCAAAGAGCUGUGCGGUUCGCCGGAAUAUAUACCCCAAAGGGUCUUUUCGGCUCACCAAUUCAUUGUACUUUCGAGAUCUCUGCCGCAGGGCUCUGAGAUGCGAGUUCUUCGUGUCGAAGAGAUGAAUGUAAUCCCCGAAAGCUGCUGGGACACUCCAGGAGAGGAUUCUUGCAUCUCUCUACUCGAGUCGUCUGGAGAAUGCUAUCUUCUCUUGGGUGAAAUGGUAGAUAGCUUGCCUUCGAUUGCUAUCUACUCGAUGGACGGGAAUCUAGUCACGAGACAAAGCAUCACGGAAAAUACUGCCACCACUCCAAAUUCCCAAUCCUCACUAGAGGCACUCACAAGUAUUGUUGUCGCCAAAGAGCAGCAGGAGUACUUUGUCGUCAUUGCUGGAACUCGGUGUGGCCAUCUGAUAACCUUCCAAAUACCCAAAAACGCCAAUAGGCAGAUCUCUUGGAGAAUUGAGAGAUUAGGGAACUCGCCUGUGGAAGUGUUCCCCCAUUCAAAUACAGAUGGAGCCGGGACUGGAACUCCAUUUUUAUGCUGCGCCAACAAUGCGGUUCAGCUGGGCAAAUAUUCCCCUGAUUCGAAUCGCUUCAAAAGCAAAACAACUAUCUGGCCAACGGAUAUGAGCGACUCUUCUCUCCAAGUGCCCCCGAUUCACUCUGUCUUUGGAGUUGGCUCAUACCAAGGGAAUAGUGCCAAAUAUUCGAUGCUUGCAAUGGUCGCCGGUACGAGAAUGCUCAUCGCUGAUCUGAGUGACCACUCUGGCUCGAUCCCGAGAAGCAUACCUGUUGAUGGUACCCCUACAAGGAUACUCUACUCAGAAGUAUGGAGGUGUCUUGUAGUCGGUUACCAGGUUGAAAAUAAGCCCUCCAUAGCCUUCAUCGAUCCUGACACUGGGGAAUCGAUAUCAAAAGCGAUCGAUAAAGACAAAAACGCAUGCGAGUUCAUUACCGGGCUGGGCCAAGCUGAAGAUCGGAUAUUUGGGCUCCAGGAAUGGCUUUACAUGAAGAACGGCGAGAUGUUCCCCUUUAUUAUUGUCACAACGCAAAGUGGCGGCCUUUUAAUCGUCUCUGUCCGGGAAGAAAGGAAGAAGAAGGAAGGAAGCGGCACGAGACAACUUCAGCACUGGACCAGAUAUAGGAAGAAAGGGUUUAAAGUGCCCAUCUAUUCGGUAGUGCCUGACCAAGAAGGACUCGUCUACUGUGCUGGCCGAACACUGUACUGGGACGUCCUCGACUUGGCCGAGAAGAAGAUGAAGACGGCCAAGUCGUUUGAGCUGGACUCGCCGGCUACUUCGCUGUCGAUAUCAAAUGGGAAAAUCUGGGCGUUGACGAGCAUGCAUUCACUGCAGAUUGUGGACCAUCGGAGCGAUCCUGGAGUAUAUGAUAUGAGACUUUUGCAUACCGAUCGGGCCACACGAACAACGAGCCACAUGAUUAGCGUUGGGCCAACUACGCAAGGUGAUCUCUGGCCAGUUACACUUCUGUCUGAUGUCUCUGGUGGCAUUGCGGGUGUGUGGGUGCCAUGGGAUAAACGAAAUCAAGAGCUGGUGGUGGCAUUUGAAGGCCAGCUUGGCAACUCGGUGAGGAGAUUUAUACGAGCAAAAUGUCGCCCAACCUGGCUGAUGGAAGAGCAUGGGCGGCCGCGGUACGGCUGCAUACAGAGCAGUUCCGACGGGGCUGAGAUUUUGGGCCUUUCUCUGGAUGGAUCGAUGCGGCAUUUCACUCUUUUACAGCAAGACCUUCGGCGAUUUCUUUAUCUUGUGCAAUCGCUCUGGAGAGCCGAGAAGUCGGCUAGAUAUGCCCGCGAACAGCUCAAUACGCUCCUCCAAGCUAUAGAGCUCCCCAAGAGCCAGCAUAUCGAUGGUGACGUGCUGAUUGCCUGUCUGAAUCAACGGUUACUGGAGAGGUUGGUCCAUGAGAGCGGUACUCAAGAUCUCUUUCGCAGAUAUCUGGAUGAGCUGGAGGGUGGGUUGCACACGAGAAGCUUUGGACGAAUCGACACCGAGGACAGCAUGGAUCUGGGCCUGGGGGAUGAUCUGCAGGGGAAAUAUAUGAAACUGGGGUAUGAUAUCUUGGACUAUGUUCUCGCACCUGUUCUUUAG